GAGAGUGUUGUGUUACUAGUUACGCAAUAAUACAAUUUCAGUAUAAACAGAUCACUGAAGUACUCUAAAGACUAAUAAAUACAAAUAGUUCAAAUCAAUUCAUAAGGUUUGAAUAAUGUCAUCAUGGGUCUGAGAGUAUACGUCAGAUUGAAUAGUCACUAAACAAGGAUGCAGAUCUUGAUCACAGUGUACUUAUUUUAAGCACAGUUUUUUGUUUUUGUUCUUGAUGUUUUGGACAGGUGCAUGAUAAGGGAGGAGGGGGUGUCAGCAUAAAGUUCUGUUGAAAUAUUGACCAGUUCAAUCAACAUAGCUUUUUUGUAUGUGUGUGUAUUUGGUGGGGAGGGGCGGUGUAUAGGAGGUGUCAGUGUAACAAGGACACUAAGUCUAUAUGCCAGAGAGAGUACUGACCUGGUAUGUACAUGUAUGGUAUAGUAUUUCAGCCAGACUUGAAUGGAGGAAAACUACAUGAAUCACUAUCACCAAGCAUGCCCAUACAUUUCUUUUCAGGAUUCUUUUCCUCAAUUCAGUAAUGGAAAUUUCAUGUUCAAUGGAAAGUACCAAGCGGAUUUUGAUUCAUUCCUGCAGUCACUCACUGACUCUCCACGGAGGAAUUACGUCUCAGACGAGGAGGAUAACUUCUCAGACGAGGAGGAUGGCGUCUCGGACGAGGAGGAUGGCGUCUCGGACGAGGAGGAUGGCGUCUCGGACGAGGAGGAUGGCGUCUCGGACGAGGAGGAUGGCGUCUCGGAAGAGGAGGAUGGCGUCUCGGACCAGGAGGAUGGCGUCUCGGACCAGGAGGAUGGCGUCUCGGACGAGGAGGAAAACGUCUUGGACGAGGACGAUAACACCUCAGAUGAGGAGGAUAACGUCUCAGACGAGAAGAGACUAGGUACAGGGGAUAUCAACCUCGUUGACAGGAAACAAUCCUCCUUUGAAGUGCAGCCACUCGAGUCGGAGGAAAUCCAAAAGUUUCACAAAUUCACCUUGGAUCAAAAACCUAUUUUGAAUGAAUUUACCUUGCCAUACGAUGACAUGGAAACAACAAGAACAACAGCAGAAGCACAAGCAGCAUGGGUGUCAACGCUAUCACAGAUCAAUCUGAAAUCUGGAAGGACGUUACCACCAUCAGACUACCCUCAACAGUAUGUUGGUAAUACAUCAGAUACUGUAUGUCAAUUGUCUCAGACAUAUGCAGAAGGUAGCAGCGGUCUGAGCAGGCCUCUCAAGAGGAAAGCUCCUUCUACUCAGUCAAGAGUUCCACAGGAUGAUCCUGAAAUUCCAGAGAAGCAAUCAAAGACAAUCACUGGAGAUGCGCCUAAGCUCUUUGCGUAUCUGUUCGAGCCCCAGCCGAAAGCGAAGAAGGAAGGGGAGGACCCAGGGCAGGGGAGCACCUUUACAGCGGCCAACUUGAUCGAUGCCAUCCUCACAAGAUCGAUCAAUCAACCAACGGGUGAGGAUAUAGAGGCCGUCUAUGAGGCGUCUCCUCGUGGUGGGAGUGGGUCGUCAGAUAAGUCAGCUAGCAAUCAUGGCUCAGAGAGCAUGAGCAUGAGAGGUGAAGGCUCACCUGUGCCAUCAUCUUCAACCAAUGAGGAACAAAGGAAGGUUCCUGAACCUCCAACUCUCAUAGCAGACUCCGCUGUAAGGAUUAAUCUGGAAUCAGAUGGAAUACUUAACAAACUAUCGAAACACAUGCCUCCCAGGUCUUACGCAACGCUAUGCACACAUCUUGGCAUCGGCUACGACCAAGCUGACGCCAUUCUAGCCAAGUUUAACAUGGACUACCAGAGAGCUACGAGGGAUUGCUUGGCACAGUGGAAGACAAGGACAGGUGGUAAUAUGGCCCAGCUUAAGACUAUCCUACAGGAUGCAGAGGUUGGAGAUUUAGUGAAGUAUAUAUAGUAAUCACUUCCAACUGGGGCAAUAUGAACUCUUAAACGUGACACUGUGUUUAGGCUUUUGUUCAAAAUCGCAGGUUUAACAAAGAAACCGUGAAAUGACACCUGGCUGAAUUUCUCCCCAGAGAGUGGAGAAUGUGGAUACUUUGUGUGCAGGCAAGCCUAAAAUUAUGACCAGAGUAAUGACAUUUCUUUAGGGCACUUAGAGACAUCAUAGAUGUUUCAAUCGCUAUAUAAAUGUAGAAUAUUAGUAUUAGUAUUAUUAUUAACUAAUUUGAGGUCUAAAUUUCCAA